AUGGGGCUCUUGGGUUUUCUGGCAGUCCUGGCUCUCUUCAUCCUCUUGGGGGGAGUCCAGGAACCUGAGCUGGUUGAGGGGUUCUUUGGCAAGAGGUGUCCCCGGACCAGAGUACCAUGUAGUUACAGAGAAAUCGACCAGUGCACGAAGAACAAACCGUGCCCCAGGAAGAUGAAGUGUUGCAAUUUUAACUGUGGAAAGAAAUGUUUAGACCUCAAUGAAGCACCUGUGUAUGCUUCAGAAGCCUCCAGUUUCCCUAAUAAAGUGUUCUGUAGGUCUGAUAUUUCUGAGAAUGAAUAA